UCUAUAUAAGAGCAGGUUCCAUCCGCUGCUGCUAACUCUGUGCUGUAAACUCAGAGAGGAAAGAUGCCCGAACCCGCCAAGUCUGCGCCCAAGAAGGGCUCCAAGAAAGCGGUCACCAAAACCGCCGGCAAAGGAGGCAAGAAGAAGAGAAGGACCAGGAAGGAGAGCUACGCCAUCUACGUGUACAAGGUGCUGAAGCAGGUCCAUCCCGACACCGGCAUCUCCUCCAAGGCCAUGAGCAUCAUGAACUCCUUCGUCAACGACAUCUUUGAGCGCAUCGCCUCCGAGGCUUCCCGUCUGGCUCACUACAACAAGCGCUCCACCAUCAGCUCCAGGGAGAUCCAGACCGCCGUGCGCCUCCUGCUGCCCGGUGAGCUGGCCAAGCACGCCGUGUCCGAGGGAACCAAGGCGGUCACCAAGUACACCAGCUCCAAGUAAACCUGCUGCUGCUGCUGCUGCUCGGUCACAACAACACAAAGGCUCUUUUAAGAGCCACAAACACACUGAAGAGCAACGAUCCUUUACUUUUGUCUCGUAUGGCUGAGAAAUAACUGUCUAAACUAUCUCCAGUUUUCAACAGUGGCCCUAAACUUGUCCAGUUUUUAAUAUAAACAAGCUUAAUCAAACAUUAAGUGACAUGAAUAUAGAUCACAUUCCAGCCAUACUGUCUAGAUGUUGAAAUAACCUAGAACAACAAAUGGCAUCAACGUGACGUCUCUUUUGAUGAAGAUGCUUUGCUAAUUUUUAAUUGGACAUCUGAUGACCUGUGUUUUGUGCUAUUUGGCAAACAUUCUAU